UCCAAAAUUUGGUUUAUUUCGAACUUUCUAUGAAUGUCCGAAAUUGCGACAAACGUAUAUCCCAUGGACGUCCAUUAAAGGACUUUCUAUGAACGUACAAAGUUGUGCCAAACGUAUAUCCUAUGGACAUCCAUCGAAUGUCCGACGGACCUUAUUUGGACUUGUAAUGGAUGUCCGAAUGUCCAGAAGGAGAUAUCCAUUGGACAUACAAUGAAUGUCCUUGUGCUAUCUGGGAUGAAUCACACAAAGGAACAUCAUGGUCUCCAGACACAAUUACAAAAGCAUUAAAACUUUAUGCCGCAUGUGGUCAAAAAGGUUAUGAAGAAAUACAUCGACAAAAUUUACCAUACCCAAGUAUUCGCACUUUGCAAAGUCGUAUACAAGGCUUAAAAUUCAAGCCAAGUAUAUUCGAAGAUGUGUUCAAUAUGUUAAAAAUUAAAAUACAAUCAUUUAUUCCUGAAGAAAGACAUGCUGUUAAUUGACGAAAUGACUAUAAAACCAGGUUUACAAUGCGACAAUUCUAUAAUGUCAGUUGUUGGUCGACCUACUAUGAAAUUAGGAGGAGGAUUAGAUAGUUUUGAUAAAAUAACAACACAGUCUUGUUUUCAUGUUGUGCGGUAUUUCCACAAAAUGGAAACAGACUGUUGCUUAUAAAUUCACAGGAACUUCAUUCUGUUCAGAAGAAAUGUACAAUAAAAUUAUA